AGCAAUGGAGCUGACAACGGUCUUUCUGUUGUGGGUUCUUCUCUUGGAUAAAACUGCGUUCAAUAGAGCAGAUUUUCAGAAGAAUGCAGAAGAGGGAGAGAUAAAAGAAUAUUCUGAGGCGAUUAUACAGAAAGUUUUAGAGGAAUUUAACGUUUUGAGGGAGGAAAUUGCAUCGAUGCGCGAUACCCAACAUUUGAUGCAAAAUGAACUUGUUGAGUUUAAAGAAAAGCUGAGUGUGAGCCUUGAACAGGGGAAGAAAAUGGAACAAGAUAACUUGAAGCUUCGACUUGAGAACGAAAAUCUUAUUAAACAGAUAGAAAAUAUAACCUUAGAUAAAAAUAGUCCAAACGAGCGCUUGAGGCAUGUCGAGAUGACCAAACGCAGUACGUUAAGUUCUCCUGCUGGACCGUCAACUACUUCCCCUGUAGCAUUUUAUGCCGUGAUGAAUGGCAACGACAUAGCCAGUAUCCACAACAGUCAAGUUUUGGUGUAUGAUAACAUCCAUGUCAAUUCUCUAAAUGCUUAUAACAAACACAACGGAAAGUUUACAGCUCCUGUAAAAGGAAUAUACGUUUUCUUUGCUAAUGUUCUCACAUUUCUAGGAAAGAAGCUGGAAGCAUUAAUUGUACGGAAUGGCGUAAACUUCUGUAACAUUUAUGCUGGCGACGGAACGGGAUACGGAUCUGGUUCCAAUAUGGCUGUGGUCGCUUUAGAAGUGGGUGAUGUGGUGUGGGUCAAAGUUCACCUUCACGACCCUGGAGUUCAUUUGGACGGUCCGUGGACAUCGUUUUCGGGUUUUCUUCUUUAUGAUACAUCUGAACACUGGAUUCAUGUAGAACCAUGAAUGAUAAAUUGAAGUUUUAUUUUGUC